UUGAGCUCUGAUUUCUGUGUGUUAACAGGUUCAUUGUUCACUGUGUGUGGCUGAAGUAGUCCAACAUCCGAUGGCAGCACAACCCUUAAAAGACUGGAGCAGUGGUCUCUGUGACUGCUUUGAAAACUCGAGUACUUGUUGCUAUGGUUUCUGGUGCUGCCCUUGCCUUGCCUGCACAGUUUCAGAAAGAUUUGGAGAGAACCGUUGUCUCCCAUUAUGUGACAUAUGCAGCCCUGCCAUAUUAGCAGCCUUGGGGAUACCUCUGUGUGCGGCCCCUCCUGCAGGCCUGUCCUUAAGGGCUGCCAUGCGAAAUAGAUAUGGAAUCAAGGGUUCUCUCUGUAAGGACAUCUUAGCUUCCUGUUUCUGCGGGUGGUGCAACUGGUGUCAGAUGCAUCGUGAGUUAAGACAUCGUGAAAAAACUCCCACUGUCGUCAAUGUGCACCAUCAAAAUGUUACAAACGUGAACGUGCAGCAGCCUGCUCCAAUGAUGAUGGCUCCUGUAUACCAAUAUCAGUGAAAACCAAAGAUUGAGAGUAUGAUGAUGAAUAACUUUGUUUCUUAAUAAUCAUGACAAUUAGAGUCUAAUAAUUGUUGACUAUCGUGUCAAAUUAUUUUCUGAAGUUUCUGUUUAAAAAAAUCUAAUUUACUGUAUAUAUCCUAAACCUCUCUUAUUUUGUUUCUGUGAAGUUUGUUCCAAGUCAGAUUCACCAAACUCUCUUAAGUGCACAAACGUGAAGUAAAUUGAUCAGUUCAUCAUGAAUGUCACCUGUUGUUUGUGAGAUUAUAUCAUAAGCAUAAUUGACCGUUUAAGGCUACCUGAUACUGUUGCAGUAUGUUUGUGGGUAAGUUUCAUUCACAAAAAUGAAUUUCACACUGCUGAGCUUCAAGUCCUCUUGUCAUAAAUCACCAGACAAAAACUUUAGCAGUCAGUAAUCAUAUUAGAGAAUCAAAAACUAUUAGAAAAUAUUAAUAAUACAAUGAGGUUUCAUCCUAAGAGUCACAGACAUAAAGAGUAAAUGGUCUGACAUGAAGUCCUAUGCUACAAACUAUCUUUAUAAAGCAAAGCAGUCCAUGACUAAUAUGUGAGGUGGUCAAGAGGAUGUGACAACUCCCCCUGUGGAUGAAGUCUAACUAUCUGUUGAGAAUUUUGUUCGUAUCUACGAGAAAAUUGGUAAAU